AUGGCAAGUCAAAACGGAAAUCUCAAACUUGUUAAAUCACUCAUCAUAUGCAUGUGUGAUAAGGAAACAAGGAGUAAUGAUGACUUUACUCCACUCUUUUUAGCAUCAAGAGAAGAUCAUCUUGAAGUUGUUCAAUAUCUUAUCUCAGUUGGAGCUAAUAAAGAUGCAAAGGAUGAAGAUGGAAAUACUCCACUCAUUUGGGCAGCAAAUAAUGGUCAUCUUGAAGUUGUUAAAUAUCUUGUCUCAGCUGGAGCUGAUUAUUUUAUUGAAAAUAAUAAGGGAUGGACUCCAGAAAUGGUUUCAGAAGGUCAAGUAAGAGAAUAUCUGGAAUCUCUUGGAGGCGGAAUGAGCUUGAAACCAGAAGCAUUAUUGAAAUAUCAGGAUAUCAAUGAUAUGUGA